AUGAGAUGAUCGGUUGAAGCUCUUUGUGCGAAUGAAUAUAAUGACUUGGGGAUGCAUUGUCAGCAUUGUACAGACUGCCAAAAAUGUGAUCCUUUAAGAGAUCUUGACUUUACUAACUCCCUUAUCCUACCGAACAACAUCAUUAUAAAAAUUAUGAAAUUUAACCCCAGAAAUUUAUAUGAGAGCAUAAAGCUCAAUCCCGAUCCUGCCUCAAAUUUUACUACUUUAAUUAAUAUUAAUGAAUGCUAGAAUCAUCUACGCAAUUUAUCUAAACAAUUCUAAUGCCAUUUUUAGCAUAUUUGUUUAUUUAUUGCUUACUCUAUCUCUUAUGGCUAGCUUAUAAAAUAUUUUAUAUAUAAAAAAUUUCCAAAACCUCCUCUUGAUAGAAUGAUUGUAAACAGGUCGAUCGAGGAAGGUGAGGUAAGCCUAUUGGAGAAUGUGUGUUUUAUUUGUGCAUUCUCUUAGUGGACUAUAGAGUUAUAGCAUAUUUCCUGCUUUUGAAGAGAGCCAUUGAUUCUCGCAGAUAA